AUGCAGUUCCGCGCUUCUCUCGCCGCCGCCGCCUCCCUCUUCGCCCUGGCCAACGCCCGCAUCUACGGCAUCGCCCUUCCCGAGACCGUCAAGGCCGGCGACCAGGUCGACGCGAUCAUCGAGACCGAGAACUACAUCCAGUCCGUCCAGGACGUUGCCAUCGCCUUCGGCAUUGCGACCGAGGCUGCCGCCUACCCCGGCACUCUCAACACCGUCAUCGGCUCCUUCUACCUCGGACCUGAGAAGUCCAAUGUUCUUGACAACAUUACCGAGACUGUCACCAUCCCUGCCGGCCUUGAGCCCGGCAAGUACGUCAUCGCUGCUGGCCUCUACAGCCUGUACGGCGCCUCUUCCGGCCCGACCCUCUCCAACUACAACGUGACUGUCACGGUUGGCGACGCCACGAGCACCAACUACGUCGGCAGCCAGUAA